CCUUCUCCUCCAUUUCUCCCUCUAAAACUCUCUCUCUCUCUCUCGAGUUUGGGAUUGGGCUCUGUGAAGAUUGAACCGAAUCUGUGUCCAUUUAUUCCGUGAAAAGAAGAGUUUCUUGUGCGGUUGUGUUUGUCUGUGUUUUCAGUGAGUGUGAUUAAUUAGUACCAAAACCGAUUGGGUGAAGGUAGAAACUCGACGCGUUUGUAAUGGAGGAUGUUUUUUAUUGGAAGUCCCGGUUUGCUUAAAGAACUAGGAAAAGCUUAGGAUUUCCAUCUUAUGGUCGAUGUGCUUUCUUGUGUGGUGGUGAUCAUAUAGUGAUUUGGAAAUGGGAAUCGAAAUCCAAGAAUUUAUAUCCCAUCGGACAAAAUACAGUUUGGCGUUUCCUUGAGAGGCAUGGUGCUGGGGUUAUUCUCAAAGUUCUACGUUUGAAGAUCUUCAGCAACUCUUGUGGCGAAGUCAUAAAAACCAAAAUCUUGGUCCUUCUCCAGCAUGGGAUCUGCGUGUUGUGUUGCUGCUAGGGAAAAUACUAUAGUUAGUGGAUCUGGAAGUGAAACCUUAUGUAGGAAUAUGAGGUAUUCUCCUAGUUGGAGCUUUCGAUGGGAUAAUCGUGGACGAGUAGCUGGCGAAGAGACUUCGAUAAAUUGGUUUUCUGAUGGUGUUAGUCGCAAUGAUAGUCCACUUGAACAUCUCCGUAGACGUACAUGGCAAAAGUCUCCACCGCCAGAAGGCACAACUAAUAAUUUGAGGACUCCUAGUUCAGGUCAAUCAAAUUCACGGAAUGUAUCAACAGAUGUGAGUUUAGAACAGGUGAAGGAGGCUAUGGAUUCUCCCACAGCCUCAUAUAAGUCUCCUGCAAAAUUGUCACUUUCAUUGCCUUCAACUUCAUCUUUGUCAACCUCUCCUUUAUCAUCACAGAGCUAUCUGCCUCCAACCAAUUCAUCCCUAACAAGAUGUACCCAUCGAUCUCCAGGACAUCAGCUGUUGCGUCAAGGUUCUGACAACCGAAUCCGAGGAUUAAAAUCACCAGGUAGCUAUUUAGCUUCUGAAGAUAGACCAAGGCUUCCCUCUUGGAGCAACGAAUCGGUCCGUGACUCACAUGGAGGGUCUUCAGAUUGUUGGUCUGUCCAUGCUUUCUCUGAGCUCAUGGCCACUUCUCAUCGAGAAAGAUGGUCUUUUGAUAGCGACUCUUUCGGCUUUAACGGUGAGAAAAUAGCCAGGUCUAGUAGUCGAAUUUCAACCUCCUCAGUUGAUUUGCAAACUUGCGGAGUUUGCUCAAAACUAUUGACCGAGAAAUCCUCAUGGAGUAGCCAAAGGAUCAUUGCUAACAACGAGCUUUCUGUUGCUGCUGUACUAACCUGUGGACAUGUUUAUCAUGCCGAUUGCUUGGAGAGUAUGACACCCGAGAUUUACAAGUACGACCCGGCUUGUCCCGUUUGUACCUUCGGGGAGAAGCACACGCAGAAGCUGUCCGAAAAGGCGCUUAAAGCUGAAAUGGACUGGAAGAGUCUAUACAAGAGAUCCAAAAACUGUAAUGCAGAUAGCCAUUUUGAAUCAAACAAUCCUUUCAAAAACCAUGCCCGUCUCGAAAAGGGCUCCAGAAUGUCUGCGAGUUCUAGCACUAGAAGCUCCUCAGGAAAGCCGUUCUUAAAACGGCACUUCUCCUUCGGCUCGAAGGGAUCUUCUAGAGUGAUGUCUGAUAAUCAUCACUCCACAAGAAGGAAAGGAUUCUUCUGGGCAAAAUCUAGCAAAGUAUGAAAGAUUUUAACAGUCCCGUUAUGUCGCAUUCAUGAAACAGGAGAACCAUAGCCAUAAGAAGCUGUGUUCCCUCGUCCAUUACAGCCAGCCAAAUGCUUUGCUCCCAGAAAUUGUUUGUAGUGUUUGAAUGUUUCAUGAAACAGGAAUUGUGAGUCAACUUCAUAACUCCAUAACUCCAUUUUAAACGUCUGUAUACAUAUCAAAGAUAUGAUAUAUAUAUAUAUAUAUAAAUGUUAUUGAGUUGAGAUUCUUUCACUCUCAUUUGUGUAAAACAGAUUCCAAUACCCCAAUCUUCCUAUGAUCUUGUGAGCA